AUGCUGCCUAUGGAUGCUGACUUUGCCCCAUCCCUCAAGUUGGAUGGAUUGGAGAAACGAAGCUGGAUUGUAAAUCCUGCAGGGAUGGAGCGGCCGUUACCUGCUUGGGCAAUUGCAUAUGCAAUUUUUCCAGCCUUGGGAUUUACAGUCUUGGGGUACCUGGACGAGAACUUGACUAGCCUCAUCGUCAACAGGCCAUCCAACAAUCUGAAGAAACCUCCUGGCUACCACUUGGAUCCUAGGUUGUUCAGUGGUAUACUUGAUCUCUUCGUACGAGGCCUGUUUCUUAUGCCCACCUGUGGCAUUCUUGGCCUGCCCAUGUCAGUGGCUUCGACUGUUCCCAGCAUGACGCACCUGAUCUCCUUGACCACCUACGAAGAGAAACAAGUUGAGGAGGGGAUUCGCAAAGAGCCGGUGAAGGUGGUAGAGCAGCGUGCCACAAAUUUCAUCAUCCACUUGUUGCUGGGCUUCUCGCUGUUCAUGGCACCGGUGCUACGCCUUCUGCCCAAGUCGGUCCUGCACGGAGUGUUCUUCUACAUGGGGAUUAGUUCUCUGACCGGAAAUGCUUUGUUCAAUCGGAUGUGCCUAUGGAUGAUCUGGGACACGACGAAAUACCCGAACUACCAUUUUCUCGGAGACCACAUGUCCGUACGACGCGUGCACCUUUAUACUGCCAUUCAGGUGGCGUGCCUUGCCACGCUCUACACCCUGAAGACGACCUCGGAAGUCGCCGUGGUCUUCCCUCUUUUCAUUGCGACGUUGGCCGUCAUCCGCCAGGCUUUGCGCAGCAUCUUUUCGGAAGUGGAGCUCCAGCUGUUGGACGACGAGCCUGUCAGGGAAGAGGAGGAAGAGGAUCCCGCGGCUGACAAGCCGGACUUGUUGGAGCUUGGCAUGAGCCGAGAGGAGGAGGAAAACGCGCAGGCAGCUCAACUGGCUUUGGAAGAAGGGGCAGACGAUUUCUUGCCGAGAAGUCUGAGCUGCGAAUGA